GUAAAGAAUCAACCCAAACACCCAAAUGGAGGGACUUUUUAAUCCCCCUUUUCUCCUUCCCCUCUUCAAUUCUAAUUGAAAGGACAAUCGCCCUUCAACACUCGCUUCACCACUCUCCCUUAAUUUGUUGCCACUUUUGAGUCUCUUGCUACGUGUAAAAAAAUAAGGGAGAGUGGUGUAGCGAGUGUUGAAGGGCGAUUGCCCCUAGCAUUGCUCAUUCUAAUUUACAUAUAUGUUAUGCAAUGACUACAACAGCAGCAUGGCUUUCAAACUUCAGAGAUGUCCAAGAAGCAGCGGAAACGCUCCUUGCAAUGCAAGCAGGGGGUACCAGAAGUCAGUGGCUUCCCAACCAAUUGCAGCCGAGGUUUCUGAUGAUUUGCCUCCUGUUCGAAGGUCGCCAAGACUUAUAAGGGCUGCCGCCGACUGCUCUCCAAGAGUUCCUGAUAACUUGCCCCCUCUUGGAAGGUCGCCAAGACUUGUCGAAAAGAGGUUGAUUAAGCAAGUGCCGGAGUCUCCAAAACGACAGGAUCAAAAAUUAGCAUUCGGCGACUGGGGUGUAAGAAAAGUCCAUACUAGUAUUGCAAGAACUCUCCUGUAGAUUCAGUGGGGUGCAAAAAGAGCUCGUUCUGCAAAGAAGGGCCUGUGUACGCAUGCAUAGAGUUACAAGUUCUGUGGCUGAGAAUAGUAUUGGUUAAAUAGUCAUUUUGGUCCUUUAAUCAAUGGAAUAAAAAAAGUUUUUUAGC